UCAUCAGCGUCAUCGCCAGUCUUUCUGCGCACUUAACCGAAGGCGACUGUACAUACAACACCUCAGAUAUUGUUAUUCUGCGUCAUUUCUAAAAGGAUUUCAAGCGCAAACAUGGCGUCAAACGAUUAUGGCCAAACCUCAAGCCAUGGGUAUGGGGGUUAUGGAGGACAGUCCGGCCAGAGCUACAGUCAACCUUCUGCCCAGAACUACAGUCAGCAGAGCUAUGGAGGAUACAACCAAAGCUCAGAGAGCAGCUCUGCUCAGUAUAAUCAGGGUGGAUACAGCUCCAACUAUGGACAGUCCCAGUCAGGAGGAUAUGCGUCUCAGGCCCCCUCUCAAGGCUACAGUCAGUCCAGUCAGUCGUAUAGCUCUGGUGGCUACAGUAACACUAGCCAGCCUCCACCAGCUCAAAGCGGAGGCUACAGCCAGCAGUCUUCUUAUUCUGGCUAUAACCAGUCUUCUCCUGCAUCUGCCCCUGGUGGCUAUAGCAGCAGCUCUCAGUCUUCAGGCUACGGUCAGCAGCAGCAGAGUGGAGGUGGGUAUGGAGGCAGUGGUGGUCAGUCUGGAGGAUAUGGGAGCAGUGGGGGCCAGAGCAGUGGAUUUGGGGGUAGCGGAGGCCAACACCAGUCCUCUCAGUCUGGAGGAGGGUCUUACAGCCCAUCUCCUAACUACAGCUCUCCUCCACCACAAAGCUAUGGGCAACAAAGUCAGUAUGGACAGGGAGGUUAUAACCAGGAUAGCCCACCAAUAGGUGGUGGAGGAGGUGGAGGGGGGUAUGGUGGUCAGGAUGGCGGAUACAGCCAGGACGGUAGAGGUGGACGUGGCCGUGGAGGUGGCUUUGGAGGUCGAGGAGCGGGUGGGUUUGACAGGGGUGGUCGUGGAGGACCCCGUGGCAGAGGAGGAAUGGGAAUGGGCGAUCGCGGAGGAUUCAAUAAGUUUGGUGGGCCCAGGGAUCAUGGAGCCGGUGGGCCCAAUAUGCAGGAGCAGGAUAACUCUGACAACAACACCAUCUUUGUACAAGGUCUUGGAGACAACUAUACUGUGGACUCGGUCGCAGACUUCUUCAAACAGAUCGGUAUCAUCAAGGUGAAUAAGAAGACAGGAUUACCCAUGAUAAAUCUGUAUACAGACAGAGAGUCAGGGAAGCUUAAAGGGGAGGCUACUGUUUCCUUCGAUGACCCUCCUUCAGCAAAAGCGGCCAUUGAUUGGUUUGAUGGCAAAGAUUUUAAUGGAAAUCCAAUCAAGGUGUCCUUCGCCACCCGCAGAGCUGAGUUUGGUCGUGGUGGCGGCAGCGGUGGCAUGAGAGGUGGUCGUGGUCGGGGAGGGCCAAUGGGUCGUGGGGGAUUUGGGGGUGGCAGAGGUGGUGGUGGUGGUUUCCAAGGCAACAAUGGUGGUGGUAGUGGGAACGGCGGCGGUCAGCAAAGAGCAGGAGACUGGAAGUGUUCAAACCCGACAUGUGGAAAUUUGAACUUCUCAUGGCGAAACGAGUGCAAUCAGUGCAAAGAACCCAAACCGGAAGGAAGUGGAGGAGGAAUGUCCCCGAUGGGAGGUGGUUUUGGAGGAGAGCGGGGCAGAGGUGGCUUUGAUCGAGGUGGUUUCCGCGGUCGUGGCGGCGAUCGAGGAGGCUUCAGAGGAGGAAGAGGAGGAGAUCGCGGAGGAUUCGGACCUGGAAAGAUGGACUCAAGGGGUGACCACAGACAUGACCGCAGAGACCGCCCCUACUAACAUCUCUUUUGUCUAAAUCCGACUUUUAAUUCUACGUGGGACCAGUAUUCAAUCCACAUUUUUCCUCAAGUUUUGUGUUGUAUGUUGUUAAAAUAAGUGUUUUUGUUUUAGUUAUGCUAUUAUUAUUAUUAUUAUUAUAUAUUUUUUACUAUUUUUCUGUAUGAUCUCAUAUUGUUAAUUAUGACUAUUUGUUUUUAUUUUCUUUCUCUGAAUUUGCUGGUGGUUAGGUCACCUUAGUAAUAUUUGUGCAAUUUAUCAAAUGUACUUUCUUUGACCUUUUUUGAAAGAUGUGAAUUAAAAUGAAAACCAUUUGAAGGAA